AUGAAAAAUGACGUUAUUACCCACGGUAAUAAACGUGUCAUAUUAAAAGGAAAGCCUGGUGGGAGGAUCGGAGGAUUGAUUAACUUCUUCCGGAAGCAUACCAUUCUUAUUGAAACAAUAAUCCUUUACAUCGGAGGCAAUGAUUUGACGACUGAAACCCCGGAACUCGUGGCCGCGAGAUAUGAAUCCUUACUCAGACUGUUAGAGAACAAAAUUAGACCGCGCCGAAUAAUCAUAUUAAGCCUGGUUUAUAGAAAAGACGUUCAGAAAUGGAAAGUUGAUAAACUAAAUGUUUCAUUGAAACAAUUCCAGUCUAACAUUGUUCAUUUCUGGAAGCUUGACAGAGUGGGAGGAGGUAAUAAUAUAGGACCUGACGGCAUCCACCUAAAUGAACGUGGAAUGAUGAACUUCAAGAGAAACAUCAUUUAUUCUCUAAAGUGCACGACAUAA